UUUAACACCUAGAAGUCGAGGCAACUGUUUGUGCGUUCUAAUAAUAUAUUUUGCAUUAAGAGUGAAAAGAAAAAGGUAACACAAUGACAGAAAAGAAGAAGAAAUGGCAUAACUAUCUUUACACGGUUACGAAAUUGAGCAAACAUGAGCUUAUUCAUAAAACACAAACUACGUCAGUCCAGCCUGGGAUAUAUUAUCCGAAAAAUUGUAUUACUUAUCCAGAUGAUAUCAACAAGAAAUAUCGUAGAACUGUUUACAAAAACGGUGAAUUUAACAUCGAGCAAAAACGUAAGGCCGGCCAUAAAAUUUCUAAUUAUUUUCUACGACUAGUCGAAACGAGAUGGCGUUGGACGCUAAUGAAUAUUUUCUGCGCUUUCAUCUCCGUGUGGCUGUUUUUUGCUGUGAUCUACUGGAUCAUAUCUCUCAACCACGGUGACUUUAAUAGGAAAAAUAUCCGUCCAAAUGGAACUGAAUUCACACCCUGUAUCAAACACAUGUAUAGUUUUACAUCGGCCUUUUUGUUCAGCAUAGAAAUUCAAUCUACCGUGGCGUAUGGCCGGAGAUCGGUUACUCUAGAAUGUCCGGAGACUAUAAUAGCUAUGUGUUUCCAGUGUAUCGUGAGCUCAGUUUUCCAGUCCAUAAUGAUCGGGAUUUUAUUCGCGAAACUAACGAGGCCGAUACGGCGAACGAAGACGAUCUUAUUCAGCAGGAGCGCCGUCAUAAAUUUGAGGAAUGACCGAUUCUGUUUGAUCUUCCGAGUCGGAGAUAUAAGGAAGUCUAAAAUAAUAAACAUCAAACCGAACGCGUAUAUCGUAAGAUUUAAAACUGAAUACGACGAAUUAAAGAAUUUCGAACAAAUCGAGAUAAAACUUGAGAUAGACGAGUGUGAGUCCACAUUUUUUCUGUGGCCCGUCACCGUUGUUCACGUUAUUGAUGAAACGAGUCCCUUCUAUGGACUAUCUGCGCCAGAUUUACUAUGCUGUGAGUUGGAGAUUUUAGUCGUAUUAGAAGGUAUGAUCGAGUCUACUGGACAACCGGUGCAGGCGAGGACGAGCUACACCGAAAAUGAUGUUUUGUGGGGCCAUAGAUUUUCGUCUAUGGUCACUUACUCGUACGAAAAGGGUAUUUACGAUGUCGACUUUUCAAAGCUAUCAGAAAUUCAUGAAAUCGAUACUCCAUUGUGCUCUGCGCGUGAGUACGACUCCAUUUUGACAACGAUAAAUGGUGAUUGUGAGUAAAUGAUGAUGGAAACAGUAAUAUAUACAAAAAAAAUAUAACGAGUUGGA